AUGCAGAAAGCCUGCCGGCCCCUGCCCUCGCCGUGCCCUGCCCGCGCCGUCCCCUGCCCUCGCCGUGCCCUGCCCGCACCGUCCCCUGCCCUCGCCGUGCCCUGCCCGUGCCGGCCUCUGCCCUCGCCGUGCCCUGCCCGCGCCGUCCCCUGCCCUCGCCGUGCCCUGCCCGCGCCGUCCCCUGCCCUCGCCGUGCCCUGCCCGUGCCGUCCCCUGCCCUCGCCGUGCCCUGCCCUCGCCGUGCCCCUGCCCUCGCCGUGCCCUGCCCGCGCCGUCCCCUGCCCUCGCCGUGCCCUGCCCUCGCCGUGCCCUGCCCUCGCUGUGCCCCUGCCCUCGCCGUGCCCUGUCCUCGCCGUGCCCUGCCCGCGCCGGCCCCUGCCCUCGCCGUCCCCUGCCCUCGCCGUGCCCUGCUGCAGGAGGCAGCCACACUGCCGCCCGUGCCCUCCCAGAGCUCGCCACCACUUUCCUUGCCAGAGACAAGCGCUCGGGGCGGGCGGGGUGAGCGCAGACAGCCCGGACCACCGGCUCCGCGUGUAG